CCCGAGGGGCCCGAACCCCUUCAGCACCGAGGGGCGCGUCCGCUAACCCGGAGGACCCCACGUCUCCUGACCCCCAACGCUCAGACCCCCAAACAGCCUGGAACCCCAGUUCCCCUCAGCUCGGGGCGCCCUUCCUGCAGCCCGCCCGCCCGGGAAGACCAAACCUCCCCAAACGCAGAGACCCCGAAUGCCGUCGUCCUGGAAACUGACUCAGUGGAGGGGACCCGGAAGCCCCUCGUGAGACGCCCCAACCCCCCUCAGCCGCGGCGGCCUGACCCUCUCCCCCGGGACGCGGAGUGUCCUCCGCCCGGAAGACGCAGAUCGAGUCCUGAGGGACCCCGAGCCUCUCAGCCCGAGAGACGGCGGAGUGCCGGACACUGCGCCUGCCCCUCGCGCGGGCUUCUCCGGACCCCGGGGACGCCUCCCGGCCCUUCCCCGGGAGAAGCGCGUUUCCUGCGCCGCCCAGACCCGCCUGGCCGACGGGGUCCCUCAGACGCCCGGGCUGCGGCCUCCGGAGCCCGCCCUGAGGAGGCUCGCGGGGGGAGGGGCGGGAACAAGGGCGCCCCCGCGGGCGGCCCCUCCAGCCCCUCCGUCCCCCUCUCCGGGCGCCCUGCCCUCGGGGAGAGAGGCCGGCACUGGAUUGUGAAGAGGAACUCGGACGCGCUCACCAGCCCAGGUCUCUGGGCCCCGCGACCGGCUUUCCUGUGUCACCGCUGCAGGCGGGCCACCGAAGCCUAACCCCUAACCCUAACCCUUGAGGACCGUGAGGACUCGGAUGAAGAACGGGCCCCGAGGCAGCAAGUGAAACCUUCUUGGGUGGCCUUCAGAAGGGAACACAGUAAACACCAGAAGGCAACAUCCAGGGUGCCAUUAAGCAAGGAAUAUAGUUUGAAGGAAUUGUCAGGAACAGAAAAUUGGAUGACUGCAAGUGACUCAGAGCAUGCCCAGAAACCAGUGUCCCCUCCUGGAGAAGCAUGUGCCUUUGAAAAUCACACUAGACAAAAAUUGGAACUCAGGAGAAAGGAGAUGGACAUGAAGUUGUACAGCCUACGAGAAAGAAAGGGCCAUGUGUACCAAGAGGUCAAUGAUCCCCAGGAUGAUGACUACCUUUAUUGUGACAAGUGUCAGAACUUCUUCAUCGACAGCUGUGCUGUACAUGGGCCCCCUACAUUUGUAAAGGACACUGCAGUGGACAAGGGGCAUCCCCACCGCUCAGCCCUCACCCUGCCCCCUGGGUUGAGAAUCGGGCCAUCGGGCAUCCCUGAGGCUGGGCUUGGAGUGUGGAAUGAGGCAGCGGACUUGCCAGUGGGUCUGCUCUUUGGCCCUUAUGAAGGGCACAUCACAGAAGAUGAAGAGGCAGCCAAGAGCAGAUACUCCUGGCUGAUCGCCAAAGGGAGAAACUGCUACGAGUAUGUGGAUGGAAAGGACAGAUCCUGGGCCAACUGGAUGAGGUAUGUGAACUGUGCCCGGGAUGAUGAAGAGCAGAACCUGGUGGCCUUUCAAUACCACGGGCAGAUUUUCUACCGAACCUGCCGGGUCAUCAGGCCGGGCUGUGAGCUGCUGGUCUGGUUUGGGGACGAGUAUGGCCAGGAGCUGGGCAGCAAGUGGGGCAGCAAGUGGAAGAGAGAGCUCGCGUCCGAGAGAGCAGAACCAAAGCCAGAGAUUCACCCAUGUCCCUCCUGCUCUCUGGCCUUCUCCAGUCAGAAAUUCCUCAGCCAACAUGUUAAAUUCAGUCAUCCCUCCCAGAUUCUCCCAGGAACAUCUGCAAGAAAACACCUCCAAGCAGAGGAACCCUGCCCAGAGGAUCAGAAUCAGCAGCAGCAACAUACUCGUACACAUAGCUGGAAUGAUAAAGCUGAAGGUCAGGAAGUCAAAGAAAGGUCCAAACCUUUCCUUAAAAGGAUCAGUCAGAAGAGACUCUCAAGACGCUCUUACCAAACUUCCAAAGAACAAAUGAAGAGCUCUAGUGAGCAUGAGAGGAUGAUGGAGGAAGAGCCCUGCAGAGGCCAGACAGAGAGUCCAGAGGACACAGGCAAGGUAUUUGUGAAAGCAGGAAUGUCAAAAAUUGUAACAAUGGAGCACGGAGGGUGUUGGCAAGGCUUCAGUGAUGGGUCGCAUCUCAUCACACACCACAGGACACAUUCAGGGGAGAAGCCCUAUGUUUGCAGGGAGUGCGAGAGAGGCUUUACCUGGAAGUCAUGUCUCAUCAGACACCAGAGCACACACUCAGGGGAGAAGCCCUAUGUUUGCAGGGAGUGUGGGAGAGGCUUUACACAGAAGUCACAUCUCAUCAGACACCAGAGGACACACUCUGGGGAGAACCCCUAUGUUUGCAAGGAGUGCAGGCAAGGCUUUACAGGGAAGUCAGAUCUCAUCAGACACCAGAGGACACACUCUGGGGACAAGCCCUAUGUUUGCAGGGAGUGCGGGCGAGACUUUACACGGAAGUCACUUCUCAUCAGACACCAGAGGACACACUCUGGGGAGAAGCCCUAUGUUUGCAGGGAGUGUGGGCGAGGCUUUAUACAGAAGUCAGAUCUCAUCACACACCAGAGGACACACUCUGGGGAGAAGCCCUAUUUCCUACAACCUCCGGAGCCUCAGAGGCAGCUGGGGUUACUGUCCUGUCCCCAUGACAUCUGGUAUGCCUCCAAGGCCAUGCUAGCUGCACCUGCUGGCUUCCCAACUCCUCCACAUGACACUGCGAUUGACCUGAGUUGGCUUUUUGGCCAGAUGACACCUUCGAAUAAGGGCCCCCAAGAUGCCUCAGACACUGUGGUUGGUAAUGGAAGGUCAGGACGCAGCAAACCGAAGCCCUUCCUGCAGGUUCUGUACCUGUGUCACCUUCAGAUCAAAUCAAACAAGGACGAGGAAGUCCGGGUUUCCUACAGCAUCGUUGGCCCAGGCACCACCAGGAUGCAAGUGACAGCAAUGGACACAGCUGAUGACGAGAACACCUACAGCGCAGCCACGGCUCACAUCACAGUGCCUCAGCACCGCAAGCUCACCAUCAAUCAGCACCCGAGAAUCAUCAAUGUGCUCACUUCAGGGCUGGACCGACAGGGUGGGAGCCAGGAGGGGCCACUGGGUGGUGUGGUCCAUAACAGACUCUUAAUUAGAACAUUCACCAACCAGUCAGAAGGGGCACCUGCUGCAGACUGGGCCCUGCAGGCUGACUUUGAGCCCUGA